AUGGUAAACAAUGCCUCAUCCUGUCCCCUACUACAGAUCACUGGCGCUAUCCUGCUGGCAGUUGGAGUAUGGGGCAAGUUGAUGCUGGGCCCGUACAUCUCGCUCAUCGCUGACAACUCCACCAACGCUCCCUAUGUGCUCAUUGGCACCGGGACUGUCAUUGUAGUUUUUGGCCUAUUCGGAUGCUUCGCCACAUGCAGAGGAAGCCCAUGGAUGUUGAAACUGUAUGCCAUGUUUCUGUCGCUGGUCUUCCUCGCUGAAUUGGUGGCCGGGAUUAGCGGAUUUGUCUUUCGCCACGAGAUCAAGGGAACUUUCCACAGGACAUACACCGACGCGGUCCUCAACUACAACUCAGAGGACGAGGCGAGCCGCGCUGUUGACAACCUGCAGAACAGACUGCGCUGCUGCGGCGUGUACAACUACACCAGCUGGUUCGGCAGUGUCUAUUAUCCGUCCAACGGCAUUCCCGCCAGCUGCUGCGUGAACUCCUCGGACUGCAACCCUGGCGACCUCCGUAACGCAACUGUGGCCCCCAACAAAGUUUAUCACCAGGGGUGCUAUGAGCUGGUCACUUCGUUCAUGGAAACCAACAUGGCCAUCAUCGCAGGCGUCACCUUUGGCAUUGCCUUCUCACAGCUUAUUGGCAUGUUGCUGGCCUGCUGCCUUUCCAGGAUCAUCACAGCCAACCAGUAUGAGAUGGUGUAACUGACGUCACAUGGCAGUGAGAUGAAGAGAAGAU